UAUCUAUCUAUCUAUCUAUCAAUGUUGUUCCCUCCAAUGUCCAAUCUGUCUAUCUAUCUAUCUAUGUUGUUCCCUCCGUUGUUGUUUAGUCCUAGGGCAUCCCCUGACUAAGCAAACCUAUGAUCAUCAAAGACCUUACAAGAGUGACCAGGUCAUGUUUCUUUUAGGGUAUUGUCUUUUUGUGAACAACUAGUAUACUUCUACCUUUUCAAGAGAUCUUAGGCUGUAAUUUGAGAAAGAUUUGGCUGCUAUUUCUGCUUCAUUCUAUCUUUGUCUCUCAUGUAUGUUGGCCGCUGUUCGCCAAUAUUUCAUCUGGGGAGCUUAUUUAUCUGCAUCAUCGAUUAAAGAGGAUAGCAAAUAUGAUAUUUACUAGAGAGCCCGUCACUACAAAAAUAAAUAUUGAAUCGCUGAAACCAUAAUUCUAUAUUAUAAAGUGGUGAGUUAUGUAUAUAUAUAUAUGUAUAAGAAACAGCGAAGUGUUUUAUAUACUUUGUCGUUGAAAACAGUCAUUCAUAUAUUCAAUGAGUUUCGUAAUAUAUAUGAUGACACCAUAAUACUUUUUUGGAUAGUUCCAUUGGACCUGUCUUGGCUAUUCGCGAUCCAUCAAGAGUGCCUGUACGUCUCUCGACCGAUUACAAAUAGUAUCUAUAUCACACACCACCGUAAGUGAUAUUCUGAUUUUCCUGCACUCAAAUAUAGGAUGAUCACGACUGGAUUGCCUUUGAUCAGGACUGGCCAGCGCAUAAACAGCUUUGAUAUCCACACUAUUGUUUGUCCAUUUCUUUCCCCACCCUCUCUCUGUAUCUAUCUAUCUAUCUAUCUAUCUAUUGAUUUGUCGAUCUAUCUAUCUUUCGACCGAUUGAUCUAUUAAACGAUCGGUUUGUCCAUCUAACUUUUUAUCUGUCAGUAUUUCUCUCGGUUCUGUUCGUCUCUCCCUUUCUAUUUAUCUCACUCUCCAUUAUGUCCGUCACAGUUUACAUGUCCCUAUUCUAUUGUUAUGUCCAUUUGUUUCUAAUCUGUUUUUUUUUUGUUUAACCCGGGGGUCAGUUCUUAUAGAACAGUCCUGUGCUACAUACACGUAGGUAGUCGGCCGGUCUAUGAAGCAAGACCUACAGACCCAUCUUCUCAGUCAUACCAUAUCUCUGCCAAACCGAGGACCACGUGCUAACUCCGACAUGCCUUGAGGAAUCGUAUGAGACGCAGUGUGACUCUCUGCGACACCAUACUACACUCUCUCUAUUGUCAAGUCUAUUUCUGUUCGUUCGUUGAAUCCCUGUUGUGACUACAAUGGAAACCGGGCGUAGGGGACCCAGACUAUGACAAUUCCUCUACUUGUUUGUGGUGUGCAUCCUAGUACAAUGUUUGGCACCAUUGAAACUAUUAAUGUUGCAGCAAUUUUAGUGUGUGUGUGUGGUUGUUUGUCCUGGCUAAUUGGGAAAGAUUGUGGUUUUAGUUCCGUAGUAAAAUACCGAAAUCAUUCGUAUUGUUUAACUUUCAUUUUCUGAUAUGAAAAAGUUAAUGCUUUUAGAAUUACUGAGGUUUAGUUUAUUUUUCUCUUUCGUUUUCUCACAAUGCUUUCAUUCCAAAUGACCAGAUACAGAAAUAUAAUCGGAAAAUUAAACGUUUGCUUACGGAACGAUGACAUUUUCAUCCUCAAAAUUAUUAAAGACAACAUAUUUAAAAAUUCUACGGAAACGUUCUACUUUUUGUCCCAGGAUGACUUCAACCCAAAAGAUGGACCAGGUCCUAAUCAUGCCUGACAGCCAUGAUAAUUGCCAGGAACUAUUGAAGAAGAUCCAAGAUGAGUGCAAAAACAAAGGCCUUCCUGAUUUCAUGAAAAGGGAGUUCACCAUGUUGCCGGCAACUACUGCGCAAAACAGUUCCAAUAUUCCCAAGAUACGACUACUGCAAUGGAAUGUUCUAGCACAAGCAUUGUCAGUAGGAACAGACAAUUUCAUCUUGUGUCCUAUGAGUGCACUUUCUUGGGAUACAAGAAAACUUCGAAUCCUAGAAGGUAUUCUAAACAACAAUCCAGAUGUUAUCUGUUUAGAAGAAGUCGAUCACUUUGACUAUUUAUCCUCACAUUUGACAUCUGUUGGGUAUUCUGGAAUUUUUCAGCCUAAACCAGAUUCUCCUUGUCUGUAUUUAAGCAACUCUAUGGGACCUGAUGGUUGUGCCUUAUUUUACCGAAAAGAUUACUUAAAACUGUUGGAUUUCCAGAAAAUUGGUCUUAAAAGCGAAGAUGGGAAGCUGAUGAACCAAGUAGCCAUUCACUGCUUGUUGAAGAUUAUUUCUGGUGCUGAAGACGGCAAAGACAAAUUCUCUGUAAUUGUCACUCAUUUGAAAGCAAAAGAUGGCUUUGAGAAACUACGUUACGAAGAGGGUAAUUUCAUCUUGGACUAUAUCCAUAAGAAUGCCAAAUCAUGGCCAGUUAUUGUCUGUGGAGACUUCAAUGCAGAUCCCAUGGAGGAAGUCUACAAAUCUUUCUCAAAGAGUGAUCUUAAACUGUUUAGUGCCUACACAAAAUUGUCAGACGAAGGCAGUGAACCAUCAUAUACAACGUGGAAAGUGCGUGAUUCUCCAACAGGACCAGUAGAAAUUUGUCGGACUAUUGACUACAUAUGGUGCAGUCAAAAGUCUUUAGAAAUUCUUUCACUGCUCGAUCUCCCCAAAGAUGAAGACGUUGGACAAAACCGUCUACCUUCACAUUCCUACCCAUCUGAUCAUCUUUCUUUAGUUUGUGACUUCCAAUUAAUCUAACAUCUUCAUUGAGUUGUCAUUGCCUUCUUCUUUUUCUUCUUCUUCCUUAACAUUUCUCCUUCUUCAUUGCCUCUUCUGCCUCAUCUUCAUCAUUAAUAUGUUUUCAUUUGCUUUUCUAUUCCUCAUCUUCUUUCCUACUCCCCCC